AGUAGCAUUGAUGGAACAGCGGAUGAGGUCAGGGAUGCUUAACAUCUCAGGUGACGGGAGACAAAUCUGGACAAACGUGAAUGUUGACCAGUACAACAGGGUAGUACCUGGAACAGCUGCCGAAAGAGUUAUAGUCUACUAUAAUCAUGAUCAGGAUGGAUCAAAUGUAUGGAUACGUGUUGCAGAUUCAGGUCAAAUGAACAUAAGUAUCAGCGGAAAAACACUGGAUGCAUCAACCACACCUACGUCAACACAUCGGCCGUCACGUUCACAGAGUGCAUCUGGUCCAAGUACUUCGGACACACCAACAACUGAAACAACGACACGUGUACAAUCUACAACUAUUGCAGUUUCAACAACAGACACAAGCAACAGUGAGGAUAUUGUGACAGCUUUUGCUGUGGUGUGUGGUAUUCUGGUGCUCAUCAUUGUAGUCCUCGUCAUAUAUACUCAUGGUGGUGAAGCCUUCAGGAAGAAGCAUGACACUUCAUCGAAUACUGGAACGUCUGCUGAGCAUGAGGUGAAACAAAUGUCUACGAUGGAAUACAGCCCUAAUACAAGCGAGGCUGGUGACGAACAUAACUACGGCCACAUAACCAGCAGUGAAGGGCCUUUCUAUGCUAACUCUCUCAUGGCCGUUGCCCCGUCUGCGGGCAGCCCUGACAGCGAAUGGAACAUCACAAAGGAAGCGUUGCUGUGUCGAACUGAGAACGUUCCGGAACAAAUGGAGACGCCCCAACACUGCAGCCUUCAGCAUUACCAGUCAGAGGGCAAAGAGCUGUACUCCCGGGGGAGGACCCGGUCAUGCUCUUGA